GACAAGUCCUUGUAGCUUGUAGUCCAUGGCUGCCCCUCGCGGUGCCUUAGCCUCCUGUCGGGGGGCAGCACAUGUGGCCGCUCAGCAGGGGAAAGAGGAAGCACUUCGGCUGCUGUAUGAGCUGGACCCCGAGAGCUUACGACGCCCGGCGAUGGAUGGACGAUGCCCUGCACAUUGGGCCGCCCUGAGCGGGCAGGUUGCUAUUCUGGAGCUCUUGCAGGGCCUCGUACCUGACACGCUUCGUGCCAAAGCAAGGAAUGGUGCCACUCCAGCACAUGACGCUGCGUUUCAGGGUCAACUUGCCAUCCUGCAGCUCCUUCAUGAGUUGGCACCAAGCACCUUGCGGGCCAAGUCCAAUAUAGGUGCCACGCCCGCGCACGACGCGGCAUUUGGAGGUCAGGUUGAGACCUUGCUCCUGCUGCAUCAGCUGGUUCCAGAGACGCUUCGGGCACGCGACAAGCAGGGGCACACAUUGGCACAUGAGGCGGCAGAUGCGGGGCAGGACUCAAUACUUCGAUGCCUUUUACUCCUUGCGCCGGAGACCUUGUUUGCCAGGGAUGGUGCUGGAUGGCUACCGGUAGAUGUAGCUGCUGCUCACGGCCACGAAUCCACCGUGUCUUUGUUGGCUUCGCUUCCACCAUUGGACUCAGAGGCGGACGAGGUUGAGCGCAGUGACCAAGAGACGAGGUUGGAGAGCGAAGUUCUUUUUUUGAACAUUAGGCAUCUGCACACUUUUGCACUCUCUUCUGGCAACAUUUGGUAACAUUAAACGGGUUUACGCUGGGAACAGGAGAUCUUGAAACCAUUCCAAGAGGGCUGUUCAUCUCUCACUUGACAUUCGUUUGUCACUCACCAAAGCACCUGGGGCCUGGCACGCUUCAUGAACCCCUACAAACAUCUACAGACACCAUUUCGGCCCUUUGCCUCUGGCAUGCCUCACAAGGUGCGGAGGCGGAGAAAGCAAAGAGGAGACAGCCGAGCUUCAAGACACAUUAAACCUGAGAUGAUGAUGUGUCCAACUUACAGACCUCAGACAUCCUUUCUGACAUCCUGAGGGGCUUUUCGCACCUGGAGAGUCAUGUUUUUUGGUCGACCCGAUUGACCCCUUGGAGGAGCAGGCAAGUCUUGGAUGGUUUUGGCUGUUUUGACUUUGGAGAUUCUUGAAAUUUAUUGAAGUCACGAAUUGAAAUCUUUGCUCUUCAUGAGUACCUCGACCCAACUUGAUACUGCAGUGGGAGAUGUACACCACCAGCUCUGUCGAUGGAGUUGCUAUGAGUUGCUACACUUGAGGAAAGGCUUUAGAAAAGUCGGUUCCGCCGCGCGCUCGGUCUCAGCUGCCGCAGCUGCCGCGCUGAUCUCGGCCGCGUUGGCGUCAGCCGCCGAACCGCGCUUGUACACAGACACUCUCACUCCUUCCACCUGUUCAGGAUUGUUCAGGUGUAUUGGGGCUGUAAAAUGCUGCAAAGCUCCUUCGUUUUCUCUCCUGGUUAUCAUGCGAGCUCUACUGUUUGGCCCAAAAGCAUGGUGACAGUGCCAGCGCUGGAAGCCGAUGCUUUGCGUUUUGAGUUCUGUCGAUCUUGCAGAGAGUUUGGCAUUCGUUUUUUGGCAACCGAAGCGAACAGAUCCUCGUGGUCAAAGGGCCACGGUACUGCACAGGACCGUGUGUGGCUUGAAAAGGACGUUGUAUUGCUGACGUGUGGUUUUUAGUCUCGGUUGCGCCCUCAACCGAGACUCCCCAUAGAAACUCCGAACGAAAGAUCAGAUGUGAGACUCUCCGAAAUGAGAAAAACAGGAUCAGAUUUGGCUACACAGCUUUGAGACGCCUGGUGCCGG